AAGGUUUAUCAAGGUUCAGCUGUCACACAUUCCUCCCAGAGCUGCUGUUUAUUUUUAGCAGUAAGGCGGUGAUCCUCUGCUUUAUCUUCUUGCCUCUGCAUUGUGCUCAGGGAGGCAUAGUGUUUAUUAACGAGUGGUGUUUAUCCCAACAGCAUUGUAGUGUUCAGCAAGGAGCAGUGUUUAUCACAGUGACAUUACAGUGUUCUGUAAGGAGUGGGGUGAUGGGGAAUUAUAAAUCCAGACCAACACAGACAUGUACAGAUGAAUGGAAGAAGAAAGUGAGCGAGUCGUACUCUGUGAUUAUGGAGAAGCUGGAUGAUGAUCUGAGGAUUAAAGAUGAAGAAUAUUCUGAGCUCAAACACGUGUUCAGUUCAGAUGAAGCUUUUAACAAAGUGAAUCUAAACUACCGCUCAGAGGCCGGACUCUCCCUGCUCCACCUGUGCUGCAUCUGCACAGGAAAUAAAAACCACAUCCGCACUCUGAUGCUGAAAGGACUGAGAGCCUCCAGGCUGAGUCGCAAUGGAUUCACCGCCCUACAUCUUGCUGCUUACACGGACAGUGCUGAGCUGGUUACAGCUUUAUUACACGGUGGUGCAGACGUUCAGCAGGUCGGUUAUGGAGCUCUCACAGCUCUGCAUAUUGCCACUAUAGCGGGCCAUCAUGAGGCGGUGGACAUUCUCCUGCAGCACGGUGCUUAUGUUAAUGUUCAAGACGCUGUGUUCUUCACACCUCUGCACAUCGCAGCUUACUAUGGCCAUGAGCAGGUGUGUAAGCUGUUGCUGAAAUUCGGAGCAGAUGUGAACUUUAGUGGAGAGGUGGGAGAUCGUCCACUUCACCUCGCAGCCGCUAAAGGUUUCCUCAACAUCAUCCGGUUGCUGAUGGAGGACGGAGGCAAAGUGGAUGUAAAUGCUCAGGAUAAUGAAGAUCAUGUGCCGCUGCAUUUCUGUGCACGAUUUGGCCACCAUGAGGUUGUGCGUUUCCUGCUUCAGGGAAACUUUAACGUCCUGCCGCAUUCCAUCAACAUCUACGGGGACACACCGCUGCAUCUGGCGUGUUAUAACGGGAAGUUUGAGGUGGUGAAGGAGUUGGUGCAGCUUACAGGAACAGAAAGCCUGUCCAAAGAGAACAUCUUCAGUGAGACUGGGUUUCACAGCGCCUGUACGUAUGGUAAAGACAUGGACAUGGUCAAGUUCCUGAUUAGCCAGAAUGCAGUUAACGUUAAUCACCAGGGCCGAGAUGGACACACGGGUCUACACAGCGCCUGUUUCCAUGGACACAUCCGCCUCGUUCAGUUUCUAUUGGACAGUGGAGCUGACAUGAACUUGGUGGCGUGUGACCCGAGUCGCUCCAGUGGAGAGAAAGAUGAACAGACCUGUCUGAUGUGGGCCUAUGAGAAAGGUCACGAUGCCAUCGUCACUCUGCUGAAACACUACAAACGUCCACUAGAGGACUCGCCCUGUAAUGAAUACUCUCAGCCAGGAGGGGAUGGAUCGUAUGUUUCUGUUCCGUCUCCACUGGGGAAGAUCAAAAACAUGACAAAAGAGAAAGCUGAUGUCUUGCUUCUCAGGGCGAGUCUCCCAUCUCAUUUCCACCUGCAGCUCUCAGAACUGGAGUUUCAUGAGAUCAUCGGCUCGGGAUCCUUUGGGAAAGUGUAUAGAGGAAAAUGUCGCAACAAAAUCGUAGCCAUUAAACGGUACCGGGCCAACACGUACUGCUCAAAGUCAGACACGGACAUGUUUUGCCGGGAAGUUUCCAUCCUGUGCCGCUUAAACCAUCCAUGUGUUAUACCAUUCGUGGGGGCGUGUCUCGACGAUCCAAGUCAGUUUGCCAUCGUCACACAGUAUGUCUCUGGAGGUUCGCUCUUCUCACUGCUGCAUGAACAAAAACGGCUGAUUGACCUGCAGUCGAAACUCAUCAUCGCCAUGGAUGUGGCCAGAGGGAUGGAGUAUCUGCACAAUCUGACUCAGCCCAUCAUCCACCGAGACCUCAACAGUCACAACAUUCUGCUGUAUGAGGACGGUCACGCUGUCGUGGCUGAUUUCGGCGAGUCGCGCUUCCUGCUCUCCAUGGAUGAAGACAACAUGACAAAACAACCCGGGAACCUUCGGUGGAUGGCGCCGGAGGUUUUUACACAGUGCACACGCUACACCGUGAAGGCUGACAUGUUCAGUUACGCUCUGUGUCUGUGGGAGCUGCUGACGGGGGAGAUCCCUUUUGCUCAUCUGAAACCUGCGGCUGCGGCGGCUGAUAUGGCGUAUCAUCACAUCCGGCCUCCAAUCGGCUACUCCAUCCCUAAACCGCUGUCCGCUCUGCUCAUGAGGGGAUGGAAUGCCUGUCCUGAGGAGAGGCCAGAGUUCUCAGAGGUUGUAUCUAAACUCGAGGAGUGUUUGUGCAACAUUGAGUUGAUGUCUCCAGCCUCCAGUAACAGCAGUGGGUCUCUGUCUCCAUCUGCAUCUUCAGACUGUUUGUUUGGUCGUAUGAGUCCUGGCCGAAGUCAUGUAGCUGCGCUGCGCUCACGCUUUGAAUUGGAGUAUGCACUGAACACCCGUGCGGUGUGGAGUUCUGGACGGCGUUCCUCCCAAGGUCUGUCUCUGGAUGAGCUCAGGAGAAACAUGCAGUUCCCCAUCGACAGAAAUGGUUAUGUAUCAGAUCCUUUGAGCACCAUGAGGUUCCACUCCAGCAGCAACACCAGCCUUGAGGAUGCCAGCUAAUAAACACACACACCACAGAUGAAAGAAAUGAAUAUGGAAACUGCCUCUGUGUGUGUGUAUGUGUGUGUGUGUGUGUGUGAGAGAGAGAGAGAGAGAGAGAGAGAGAGAGACUCUGGUGUUAUAAGUCUGAAAAGUGUGUUGAUAUUAAAAUACACAGGAAUAUGAAACACUGCCUUUAAAUAUUUUAUUGUAUUGUGUAAGUCGUUGGUCCUGACUGCAGGAGGAAGUGUUUUUUCUUUACAGAUGAAAAAUGAAACAUUGUACAACAGGUCAAAGUUCAGCUUUAAAUUCAGAAUCCUUUAAAUACAUGAAUAAUCCGAGAGUCAGUAAUGAACACCGCAUCCAGUGAAAUUAACAUCUUAUAUAAAACAACUAACAAAGAUGAAAGUCCAGGCAUUGAAGUUUCUGUUUGAAGUGUGUGUGUGUGUGUGUGUGUGUGUCAGUAUAAAUAAUUUAGUCAGUGUUCAGUGGUGUCUGAUUUCUGCCACAGGACGAUUUGGUGAGAGGAACAGCGGAGAAUAAACUCGUAAACUUUUUAUAAACUAUAAAUUGUACACUUGAGUAAUUAUGAUAAAGUUUGGUGAUGAAACUGGAA